AUGACGGAGUAUUCCGACGCCAGCCUAGACCCAAGUGGGGUCUGUCUCCAACCUUCGUUUGACUCCAGACGAAGUUCAGUCGUCAGCAUCAUGCAGAUUGAUCAAAUCAUUUCCGAUGACCGAAUUAACAUGGAGACGUAUGGCGUCUCCGAGAUGCGAGAUGGCUUCUUUGAUGCCCUUUUCUUGAAACCGGAGCCUUUGACGCCAGAAGAAAUCGAGGACAAAGCAAUCCUACCAAAGGAAUUCGAAAAGAGUCACCCUUUAUCGCCCAAAGAUUUUUUUCCUCGACAACUCCAUGAGCUUCGAUCUGUGGCUCGAAAGGUCGCAACUACGAGAUCUGGAAUCAGGCUACUCAAGUCUUUUCUCGCUUUCUUUCUGGCUUAUAUCCUAUGUCUGGUGCCUACAGUGUCUAACUGGCUUGGUCGAUAUGACUACAUUAUGGCUAUAUCCGUCAUUCUCAACCAUCCGGCACGAACUUUUGGAUCCCAGGUGGACGGUGCUAUUUUGACCAUCGUUGGGACUGCCUGUGGACUGGCAUGGGGUAUCAUUGGUCUCUUGCUGUCCACUUCGACUCUUGCUGCUAAAGUUGGAUAUGGUGGCAUCUUGACGCUGUUUCUUGCUAUUUUCAUGGCCAGCAUUGCGUACAUCCGUACGUUCUUUAUUCGCUUCUACCAAGCUGUUCUUUGCGCUGGAAUAGCCGUCACAUUUACCACCCUCGCUGAGACUAGCAGUCUGGACAUCAAAUGGUCCAAGGUGCGAAGCUACGCCAUUCCCUGGCUUCUAGGACAAGCAAUCGCCAUGGCUGUUAACUGUCUCAUAUUGCCUGACGCCGGGAAUCGUCCUUUGGCUGCUGCCCUCGACAAGUCGUUCAGGACGAUGCAGGAAUCUCUCAUUAUUCCACGUCCGAGAAACACAAGACUCAGGCGAAGACUAGCUAAAACUUUUAUGGACAUGUCUCUUGCGUAUCGAGACAUGAGGAUCGACAUAACCAUCACACGAUUCCGUCCAGUGGACGUGCGAGAGUUGCGUAACUUGGUGCAGGGCGUUGUACGAGCCCUUCUUUCUAUGGACACGGAUACAGACCUAUUCGAGGACUGGACGACUCCCGAGAUUAUCGUCGGUGGCCCUGAUUCAGACGACGAGUCGAUUGACGCUGGUCGAAGGGUUGCCCGAACUCUCUCUGGCCCUACGAGGGAAGUGCUCGCCUGCAUGUCAGAGAGCAUGCAGAGAUCUCAUGCAGCUUUGAUGGAUCUAUCUGGCUGGAGAAAGCAUUUUGGUCCACCCCCAGACGUCUCCACAGACCUCAUACCGGUUCAGGCACGAUUCAACAACGCUCUCGCAGCUUUUGACGUGGCCGAAUCAAGUCUCCUAGCUAGCGACACCACUGAGUCAUACGACAGCCAAGCCGUGGAGCUUUUCGUCUUUGCGAGACACGUCCGUGAAACGGCAGCAACCAUCAUCAAUCUCAUGAACAAGGUUCACGAGAUGCACCUCCACUCCAACCGCAAGAGACUCAACCUCCCAACCUAUCCCCCUUGGAAGGCCAUAUACAGAACAAAUGCCCAGGUUCGACAUGAUCGCGGCGGUGUCACUGCCGGUAUAGACAAACUUGGGUACAGAAUUUGGACAGUCCUGCAUCGUCUUCAAGGGUUCGAGAGCAGAUAUGCGCUCAAGGUGGCCGUUCUCACUUCGGCAUUGGCCCUUCCUGCGUGGUUGAGCAGUGGAUCAUGGUGGAAUCGAAAUGAAGCUUGGUGGGCUGUGUGCAUGGGUUGGAUCAUGAUUCACCCCCGCGUUGGAGGAAACGUUCAGGACCUUUUCACUCGUGCCUUUGCAGCAAUUCUCGGAGCAGCGUGGAGUGGCGCGGCCCAUGCAGCUGGCAAUGGGAAUCCAUAUGUGAUUGCAGUAUUUGCUGCGAUAUACAUGAUUCCCAUGAUGUAUCGCUUCACUCAGAGUUCCCAUCCGCGAUCCGGUCUUGUCGGAUGUCUCUCGUUUACGGUCAUUUCUCUCAGCUUGCGAGACCAUCCAGGUGUAUCAUCAGCAGCUCUCCUCGGAGUACACAAAGGUCUGGUGUUUUUCGUCGGAACAACCACUCCUAUCGUGGUUAACUGGUUCCUCUGGCCAUUCGUGGCUAGACAUGAACUUCGAUCUGCUCUUUCGUCAAUGCUAUUCUUCAUGAGCGUCAUGUACCGAAAUGUCGUGGCGAAUUACGUCUACUUUGAUGAGGGAAAAGACCCAACUCCAGAAGUCAUCACACGAUCUGAAAUGCUCGAGAGUCGAAUGCGCGAGGGCUUUGUGAGGAUCCGGCAACUCCUUGUCAUGACCCGUCAUGAACUUCGUCUGCGUGCCCCCUUCGACCCGAUCCCGUAUUCGUGUCUGGCUGCGUCUUGUGAACGCUUCUUUGAGUACCUCAUCGCUGUUCGUCAAUCAGCUCUCUUCUACAACCCAAACUAUAUCCGAGACAACCCCGUGGCCGCCGAAAAGCUCCUCAGUUACCGACGAGAUGCCGUUGCUGCCAUUCUCGGCAAUCUGUACAUUCUCGCCGGUGCUCUGAAAUCGCAACGCAAAGUUCCUCGUUAUCUUCCCAGUGCUGCCGCUGCUCGAAAGAAGCUCCUCCACAAAAGCGCCGAGGUUGCACGAGAAAUGGCCGAGAGUCCCGAGUAUCGCGAGCUUGAACGACAGAAGACGUGGAGCGACAUUUACAGUUACUCAUACAACGAGAGUCUGACGGGCUGCGUUGCUCAGCUAGAGGAACUUGAAAGGUUCACCAAGCUCAUUGUUGGGGAGAAAAAGUGA